UCUCUCUCUCUUUCUCCACCCAAAAGAAAAUGUUGACACCUUUUGGUAAAUAUGGUGACUCUCAGGACGUCUUCCAAAGGUUCAAUGUGCGGAGGUGUUUAACGCUGGAGGCUGCAACAUUUGCUUGAGAACAUUUGAGAGCUCCGAAGCCCUUAAAAAGCAUAAACAAAUUUGCCAAAUGUAUCCUGCACAUUGUCCUGGGCUCCGUGCUCAAAUGUACCGGGUGAAUAGUAGCCAAAGCCAAGGUAUGGAAGCGGCUGCCCUAGAUUGCAAAAUGGUAGGAGGAGGCGGUGAUGGAUCUCUUGAUUUAUGUGCUAGGGUUUGCAUAAUUGAUGAGCAUGAAAAUAUCAUAUUCCACACAUACAUCAAACCACAUGUCCCAAUAACCAACUAUAGGUAUGAGAUGACUGGCAUAAGGGUGGAGCACAUGAGAGAGGCAAUGCCAUUAAAACAAGUGCAAAGGACGGUUGAGGAGAUACUUUACAAUGGGGAGGCACCAUGGAGGGCUCGUUCUAGAGGUGGGAGAGCAAGGGUUCUUGUGGGUCAUGGCCUAGAUCAUGACCUUAAAUGUUUGGAGAUAGAUUACCCGGACCAUCUUAUUAGGGACACUGCCAAGUACCCACCCUUGUUGAAGACAAGCAAGCUCAGCAAUACGCUCAAAUACCUCACACAAGCGUACCUCGGGUACGAGAUUCAAACUGGUGUAAACGAUCCCUACGAAGAUGCUGCGGCCACAAUGAGGCUCUAUAAGAGGAUGAGAUCACAGGACCACCCAUUGGAGGACCCUCUCCCACCAAAUGCAACCCUAAACUCUAACAACUUGCCUCCAUGGAGACUCCAGGAAUUUGAGAAGAUGACACCGGAUGCUAUGUUGGAGAUUUCUAGGUCGGAUUACUAUUGUUGGUGCUUGGACUCAAAACAAGGAUAACAAUGUUAAUGACUUCUUACAAGUAUUAGGCUCUGGUUUAGCAUUUAGGCUUUGCCUCUUCUUUGAAGGGAGGUUAGGAGUGUUUCUAUGGUCAAAGUUAAGAGUUCUAGACUCUCUCU